CCUCUUUUUCUUGUCGUCCAAUUCAAAAAUCAAACAAGAAGAUCCUGCAUCAAAUCUGCCGGAUCUUGCUUUCCAAACUGUCUGAUUUCCACAACCAUCUCUGUAUUGACAUGGCCUCCUAUUUAAAACUCUCCCUUUCUUACUCCUUUUUUCCCCAUCUGCUUUUCUUCCUUUCUUCUUCUCAAUCAAACCUGCACAAAUGGGCACGGUGGCAGAGACCCCAUUUCAUGUUCUGGCUGUUGACGACAGCCAGUUCGACAGAAAAUUGAUUGAGAGGCUUCUCAAGAUUUCCUCUUAUCAAGUUACCGUUGUGGAUUCAGGAAGUAAGGCAUUGGAGUUUCUGGGUUUAUAUGAAGAAGAUGAACAGAGAAAUUUAAACCCAGCAUCUGUUUCUCCUGAUGAACAUAUUCAUCGUCAAGAUGUAGAAGUUAAUCUGAUUAUUACAGAUUAUUGCAUGCCAGGGAUGACAGGUUAUGAUCUCCUAAGAAAGAUUAAGGAAUCUGAAUCCUUAAAAGACAUCCCAGUUGUGAUCAUGUCCUCCGAGAAUGUUCCAUCAAGAAUUAACAGAUGUUUGGAAGAUGGAGCUGAAGAUUUCUUUCUAAAACCAGUUCAAUUAUCAGAUGUAAAGAAGCUGAAGCCUCAUUUGUUGAAAGGAAGAUCAAAAGAAACAGAAUUCAAUGGCAACAAGAGAAAGGGAAUUGAAAAUUUUGAUUCAUCACAUGAUAGAACAAGAUACAGAUACAAUGCCAUAGAUACCGAUUUAUGAUUUUUUACUUUCUUUUUCAAUUUUCCCUUUACACUUUUGUUAUAUAGGUUCAGUAUGUAUAGAAAUUCAUAGUUUCAUUUUAUAGAAGAGGAAUGGAAAAAGGGAAUUUUUGAUUCAAUU